UAACUGCUGGAUGGCUGUAGAGUUUACGCAGAUAAAUGGAGGUCGCUUCAUCAACGAGAGCGCUCUCUACUCGUACCGGUGUUCCGACAAAGGGUUGCUGCUACCCUUCAUCUCUGAGUACACGUGGCCCGAAGAGGUGCGGGCGACGCUCUACUUCAUCGGGCUGCUCUACUGCUUCCUGGGCGUGUCUAUCAUCGCCGAUAUUUUCAUGGGAGCCAUCGAGAAAAUUACAAGCAAAACUAAGAAAGUGCGUACAUUAAUGUACAAGAAAAAUAUUUGUAAAAUCAAGUUUUUGUUUUGUAUUUCUAGGCCUUUUUGCUUUGCAUAUGUUUUCUGUGUAUACAUGGCGCAGCCGGGUGCAGAAGAACCAGCCAUCGUCGAGGUCAGAGUGUGGAGCGACACGGUCGCCAACUUGACGCUCAUGGCCCUCGGCUCAUCGGCGCCUGAAAUUUUUCUAUCCUGCAUUGAAGUUGUUGGCAACAAGUUCACUGCUGGAGAACUCGGUCCUUCUAACAUCGUAGGUUCAGCGGCCUACAAUCUCUUUGGAAUAACAGCAAUCUGCGUCAUGUGUGUACCCAAGGGCGAGACUCGACGGAUCAAGGAUUUCAAGGUGUUCGUCGUCACGAGCGUGUUCUCGCUGGUAGCUUACAUGUGGCUGCUGAUAAUUAUUGUCGUGAUCUCGCCUAACGUCGUUGAGGUCUGGGAGGCGUUUGUGACGCUUUCUUUCUUCCCUUUGCUUGUUUUCUUGGCAUGGUUGGCAGAGAAGAACUUCUGUGGCGCGCCUUCUAAGAUUGGGACCAGCAAGCAGGAAUUGAGAGACUUAGAGCCAGAUGACAAGUUGAGUGAAGACGAGUACUUCCAUAACGGCCACCUGGACCACGACGGUCUGGUGCGCUUCAUCAAGGAGGUCAAAAAAUAUCCUGGCCUCACCGACGAGGACAUCGCAGCGCUCGCGGCCUCUAAGUUGGUUCAGUCUCAGUCGCACUCUCGGCUGUGGUACCGCGUGGGCGCCGUCCGCAAAAUGACCGGCGGGCGGAAGACGCAGCCACAGCUCUCCGCCAGACUCACGAAGUCAGUCGCGCAGAGCUCAGAACAAAGGCGGGUGCCGACGCUACCAGUCUUUGUUAUCCCCGACAACAACAACAGCGGACAAGAACCGUGCUCCACGGAUGACGCCACACAAGCCCUGGGUCUCGGGCAACUGCUUUCGAUAACGUCGGUGUUACCCGCUUCUCUCGCAAGGGAAAUCGAACAGAAAGCCAGGAAAGAUAUCCUAAGACGAAAACAAAUUGCAGUGAGGCAAGAUGUGAAUGCCGUUAUCGACUUCCACGCUGCAUCUUGCGCCAUCGUGGAAAACAUCGGCAAGUUUGAGGUUGAGGUGAACCGCAAGGGAAGUAUGGACCACACAGUCAAAGUGAGAGUCGAGUCCAUCGAUGGCACCGCUAAAGAAGGUCAAGAAUACGUAGGAGUCAAUCAAGUGAUCAUGUUUGAGCCUGGCGAAGUCUCAAAAAUGGUGGAGGUAGCGAUCGUGGAUGAUAAACAAUGGGAGCCUGACGAGGAGUUCUACCUCCGCCUGUCCCUGCUGCCCCACCGCGAAGACAGGGAAGGCGUCCAGCUCGGCAAGAUCAGCAUCAUGAAAAUUGUCAUUCACAGUGACGAUGAGCCCGGAGUUCUGCAGUUCCAGCGCCGCGGUGUCCUGGUAAAGGAAAGCUGUGGCACCACCCUGGUGCCCGUGGUGCGCAAGAACGGCGCUGAUGGAGAAGUUUCUGUCAAAUGGCGCACUCUCGACCACACAGCCUUCAAUAAAAAGGAUUACAUAGGAGGCGAGGGAGUGCUCACUUUCAAACACACAGUGGUGGAGUUGAAUAUCGAGAUCCCCAUCAUAGACGACAUGAGCGAGAAUAAAGACGCGCAUUUCGAAAUUGAGCUUUACGACCCUGAGGGCGGAGCUACAUUGGGACCCAUCAACCGAACUGCGGUUACCAUCACCAGUGAUGACGAUUUCGACACUGUCAUUUCGAAGAUACGAAACCUCACCAACGCCAACCUGCACGAUUUUCAAGUCCACCACGAGACGUACAUGAGUCAGAUCAGAGACGCGUUUAGCGUAAACGGCGGGGACUACGAGAACACCACAACAUUGGACUAUGUGUUGCAUUUCUUCACUUUCGGCUGGAAGGUAAUAUUCGCGCUGGUCCCUCCGCCAUGCUUCCUUGGCGGUUGGUUGUGUUUCUUCGUCUCGCUUGCCGCCAUCGGCGUCCUGUCGGCCAUCAUCGGCGACUUGGCGUCCAUAUUUGGCUGUCUUGUCGGACUCCAUGACGCCGUUACAGCAAUCGUGUUUGUGGCUUUGGGCACGUCUCUGCCCGACACCUUCGCAUCGAAGACGGCGGCCGUGCAGGAGAAGCACGCGGACAACGCCAUCGGCAACGUCACCGGCAGCAACUCCGUCAACGUCUUCCUUGGUCUCGGCCUGCCGUGGCUCAUUGCUGCCGUCUACCAUUCAGUCAAUAAAUCGACAUUUUAUGUGGAAUCUGGCAACUUGGGCUUCAGCGUAGGACUCUUCACGAUCCUCAGUGCCGUGUGCCUCGGCCUGAUCAUAGCCAGAAGGACGAUCCCUUACUUCGGUAAAGCAGAACUCGGAGGCCCUGCUUUUCCUAAGUACAUGACUGGCUUCCUGAUGAUCGCUCUGUGGCUCAUCUACGUGUUUCUGGCAUCUCUGCAGACAUACGGAUACUUUUAGGAAUCUUCGAUGGUAUUUUAGGAAUCUUAGAUGGUAGGGACCUUAGAUGGUAUUUUAGGAAUCUUAGAUGGUAGGAACCUCAGAUGGUAUUUUAGGAAUCUUAAAUGGUAGGGACCUCAGAUGGUAUUUUAAGAAUCUAAGAUGGUAGGGACCUUAGAUGGUAUUUUAGGAAUCUUAAAUAGUAGGGACCUUAGAUAGUAUUUUAGGAAUCUUAGAUGGUAUUUUAGGAAUCUUAGAUGGUAGGAACCAUAGAUAGUAUUUUAGGAAUCUUAGA